CCCACGGCAAUUCACCCACUCUGUGCUUCACCAGGGCACUCCGUUUCCUAAGCUGCACGUCAAUAGUCGGAAACAAUGAAUGGAUUUCCUCUUCCUGACCCUGCUUACUAUUGAUUUUACAGAGGAUCCCGACAUAGACAUGGAACAAUGGGUGGAGAGCAGGAAAUGCUGUAUGAGAAACAGGAUUUCAUGACAGUGCUGAGCUGUCUGUAAGGGCCUCCAGGCAUUCCUCCAUCCUGCCUGCCUGAACCCCAGCCAAUUUUUUUUUCCUGACAGAGCCCCAGCCGUUCAUGUUGUACUCAGGCCAUUUCCACUUUUAAUCAAUUUCCUGUCCUGCCCAGUUUUCUUUUGUGGCCAUGCCGAGACUCUCCAGUUAGGCUUCCAAGUCAGCAUGGAAGAAGCAACAGGAUUAUAUUCGCCCGAUAGCUACAUGUGGCGAUAAACACAAGCUAAAAUGUGGCUAGGCCUUUGGGUGCCAAUGUGAACUCUUGAAUGAAUGAAGUUUCUGGAAUUAAAAAGAAAAAUCUAAUUUCUGUGACUACCUAAGUGGAAUUUUUCCUGUUACUCUGCUGAGUUCCUUCAAACUGAAGAACUAUGGAUUUAUUCUGGUUGAUCUAGUGACAAUUUCCUUGUAACUGUUUUACUUAUGGUGAAGAAUGGAGGAUUCAAGAACAACAAGCUUAAAAGAUACAUACAGCAAUUGAGAAAUAACAGAAAUAAUUCUUAAUACUACUACUUCUUCUGAAAUAGUGAUGUUUCAAUUCUCCUGACAUUGAGCCCAUUUCUGAAAAUGAGAUUGGAUACAAUUGGCCUUCUCAGCUUCUUCUGGCACCUGACAGGUGCAAUUCUGGAUAUCUCUCUGGUGGCCAAUGUUCUGAGUCCCUCACACAACCACUUCUACCUGUCCUGUGUGACAGGCGAGCGGAACAUCAGCCUCCAGAUUGACAGAGACAAUGCCAUGAUCAAGACCACAUCCAAGUUCCAGAUAUACAGGAACAGCAGCAAGGAAGUGCAUAUGCGAGGUUUUUCCCGAGCAGGCCUCGUGGGCAUCACAUAUUGCCUGGGGAAGACACAGUCAGAGCAAACUAGAGUUGUUUAUGUACACAACGACAUUAACGCCAACCUGGUCCCAGAGAAAGUAACCCACACAAUAAGUCUUUCCCAAUCAGCCAUACUGGUUGCCAGGAUAAAGAAUGGGAAGAAAACAGACAUCUGGUGGAAAAGGAAUGGGACUUACUACGACACAAUGCACCAGGGUGAGUUAAAGGAGAAUAAGUCCAUUCUGGUCCUGUCAACUGUUACCAUGGCUGAUGGUGGGAUUUACAGCGCCACAUUUAUAGAGGACAGCCCUUUGUCAAGUGCCUUUUUCAGACUGAUCGUGCGAGGUUGUGCAGCCAAGAAAUGGGGCUCAUUUUGUGACAAAGACUGUCCUGAUUGUCUGAAUGGAGGCAUCUGCCAUCACAUUGUGGGAGAAUGUAUCUGUCCUCCGGGAUUCAUGGGUACCCGCUGUGAAAAAGCAUGUAGGGAGGGUCAGUUUGGGCGAAACUGCCAAGAGAGGUGUCUCAGUGAGCAAGGCUGCAGAGGUUUAUACUUCUGUCUGCCUGACCCAUAUGGCUGUUCCUGUGCUGCUGGGUGGAGUGGAGUACAAUGCAACUCAGCUUGUUCUCCUGACAAAUAUGGUCCUGACUGUAUCUUAGAGUGUAACUGCCAGAACGGAGGGACCUGCAAUCGAUUCAGCGGCUGUAUCUGUUCAUCUGGUUGGCAUGGACAGCAUUGUGAAAAGUCAGAUCGUAUACCCCAGAUCAUCAACUUGGCAUCUCACUUGGCGUUUAACCUAGGCUCCCAGAUCAUGGCUACCUGCAUAGCAACAGGCAAUCCACCCCCUGUGCGUGAUAACAUUGAACUACGCAAGCCCGAUGGAACAGUGUUAAUACCCACAAAAGCCAUCAUGGAAAAGGACAUGACAACCUGUGAGUUUCAAGUGUCACAAGUGGUCUCUUCUGACUCUGGCCUCUGGGAAUGCCGUGUCUCUACUACCGGGGGACAGGACAGUGGCAAGUUCAAAGUUACUGUAAAAGUACCUCCAGUGCCAUUAUCCCCUCCCAAACUUCUGGCCAAGAAGAGCCAACAGCUGGUGAUAUCCCCUGUGGGGCCUAUUGCAGGUGAUGGACCCCUCAUCUCCAUCAAAGUCCUAUAUAAACCCCAAAUUGGAAGUAGCUGGUCAUCUAUUGAAGCAGUUGAUAACAUCCAGAACAUCACACUGAUGAACCUGCGACCUGUCACAGCCUAUAUUGUAAAGGUUCAGCUAACACGCCCUGGAGAGGGAGGAGAAGGUGCCAUAGGCCCAAGUGCUAUCAUGGCAACAGAUUGCAAAGAGCCAACAGCCAAACCUGUAAUUGAACGUUCAUCUGUUGAAGGGAGCAACAAUCUACACGUAAACUGGAAUUUGCCCAAAACUGACAAUGUGGGGUCCGGAUUUCUUGUCCGUCUCUAUGAUGCAGCCAAAGAGCUUGUUCAUCAAGAAAACGUUACUUCCAUGAUUGUGCAGUCAGCAUAUAUUCCAAAUCUCAAGUUCAAGGAGGACUAUUACCUAGAAGUAAUGGUCUAUCACUGUACCAGUUUGGGACCACCAUCUGAUCUCCACACAUUCAAGAUCAACAGUAAAGGACCCUCAUCGCCACGCUCUCUCUUGGUGAACCCCCUCGCUGAUAACUCCAUCAGGCUAUCCUGGCUAGCUCCUGAAUACUCUAAUGGAGGCAUCAACAAAUACAUUGUAGAGGUGCAGCAACUGGGAGGCAGCAGUGAUCCACAAUGGAUAGACACAGAGAAUGGCAGGGAUACCUCAAAGAUUAUCACAGGGCUUAAUGCCAGCACAAUCUACCAGUUUCGGGUGCGAGCCAAGUCUUACGUACUGGGCGAGUGGAGCCAGCCUGCUAGAGCUGAAAUCCUGGGCGAUGGAGCCCUGAGUCAAGUGCCUACCCUACAAAGUAAAAAAUUGCCUCCAACUCUCAUGGACCAGCAAUUGAUAUUAGCCAUUGUAGGCUCUGUCUCUGUCACCUGCCUGACCAUAUUGUUUGCUCUCCUGGCCCUUUUCCUCAUCAAGAAGAAUUGUUUUCAUCGCCGCCGCACCUUUACCUACCAGUCUGGCUCAGGAGAAGAAACUAUUCUGCAAUUCAACUCGGGCACCCUAACCUUGACCCGCCGGCCCAAACCACAGCCUGAGCCACUCAGCUAUCCCAUCCUGGAGUGGGAAGACAUCAAGUUUGAAGACAUGAUAGGGGAAGGGAACUUUGGACAAGUCAUCCGAGCCAUGAUCAAGAAAGAUGGCCUGAGAAUGAAUGCUGCCAUCAAGAUGCUGAAAGAAUUUGCCUCUGAGAAUGAUCACCGGGAUUUUGCUGGAGAACUUGAAGUUCUUUGCAAACUGGGGCAUCAUCCCAAUAUCAUCAACUUGCUGGGAGCCUGUGAGAACAAGGGUUACCUAUACAUCGCUAUUGAAUAUGCACCUUAUGGGAAUUUGCUAGACUUCCUACGCAAAAGCCGAGUGUUGGAGACAGAUCCUGUCUUUGCCAGAGAGCAUGGGACGGCCUCCACCCUCACAUCCCAGCAGCUCUUGCAGUUUGCAUCUGAUGUAUCCAAAGGCAUGCAAUAUCUGAGUGAAAAACAGUUUAUCCAUCGAGAUCUGGCUGCCAGAAAUAUACUGGUUGGUGAAAACUUGACCUCCAAGAUUGCAGAUUUUGGUUUGUCCCGAGGAGAAGAAGUUUAUGUAAAGAAGACAAUGGGACGUUUACCAGUUCGUUGGAUGGCGAUUGAAUCCUUGAAUUACAGCGUAUACACAACUAAGAGUGAUGUGUGGUCUUUUGGGGUCCUUUUGUGGGAAAUUGUGAGCCUGGGAGGGACACCAUACUGUGGCAUGACAUGUGCUGAACUUUAUGAAAAGCUGCCGCAAGGAUACCGCAUGGAGAAACCUCUCAAUUGUGAUGAUGAAGUGUAUGAAUUAAUGCGUCAAUGCUGGCGGGACCGGCCAUAUGAACGUCCACCAUUUGCUCAGAUCUCAGUACAGCUCAUUUGCAUGCUAGAAGCUAGAAAGGCAUAUGUGAACAUGGCAUUAUUUGAGAACUUCACUUAUGCAGGAAUUGAUGCAACGGCUGAGGAAGCAUGAGGACUUAACUUUCAACUUUGGCAAUAAUUAUAGCCCAGAUGAUUGGGACUUUCUUGUGCAUUUGCCUCCUAGGGAUGUCAACAACUUAUCAUACAGUGUACAGGUGGAUGCUGAAGAUCUUGCAGGACUCUAACAUGUUAACUUUCCCUAGAGUGGAGAAGAGUACCCUUGAAUGGAUUGUUCCAAAAUGUGGAGCUUUUGAAAAUCAAACUUUAAAGGUAUUUCCUGUAUAAGAGAGAUGCCCCUCACUCCAAGGGAGAACAUUGUCUCCACCAUACUGAAGAAAAAAGAUCUAAGAAGUUUGGGACCCAGUCAAGGACACUGUGAUUACAAUGCACACCAUACAAGAAAAGAUAGGCUUAUAUUACUGCAAAAUUCCUUGGACAGUAUUACUGAAAAGGUGGGGCUGUUGGCUAACAGUGCAAUUCCUUCCAGAACCCAGUUCUCCAAGGAAUAACGUCUAUCCAUCAUGAUCAGUUUCGUCAGCCCCUCAACUAGUUCAGAUCAGGAAAGCAACUCCACAGGAAAACUAAAGCUACUUUUAUUGAGACUGAUUAUAAUUACAGAAUCUUGUGAGUCUGAUUGUAUUGUAUCUCACUGUCAGAUUUGUCAUCAUGCCACUUUGGGCUCUGCUUCACUUCAAUGGCAGCCUACCAUAACAGGAAGCAAAAAUGCCAACCAGAGACAACAGUUGCAUGGUCCAAGGACACAGGCAUGAGAAAGGAAUAUGAAUGCCCACCAAAGAGAUGCCAAACUGUAGAACUGUUAACAAAACAACUAAUUGGAACUUUGUUGGACACUAGCAGGAUGCCCCAAGGGGGGUGACCUGGGAGAAGGGAAAUUUACCAGGUUUAUGCAGGAACUUUCAGAUCUGUCUUUUCCUAUGCUGUAACCACUUGGCUUUAAUAGUAUGCUUUUCACUAUGAAUGGCAUUGAGGGUCUUUUUUUCCUAAACACCUUUCUUUCCUAAACAAUCUGGGAGAGGUUGACACUCACCAUGAAUUUAGGAGGUAUCUGCCUGAGCUGUUUCCAAAUGUUUUCCCCUCACUCUUGACUUUAAAAAAAUGGUUCAACCCUUUUUGCCUAGGUCAGUGAUGGCAAAUCUUUUUCCCCUCAGAUGCCGAAUGCUAUAGUGCAUGUGUGCGUGUGUGCCGACGCCCCUAAUUCAAUGUCCCGCUGAAGGCCCCACCCACCCCCAUGCAUUGGCGCAACCCCCACCCCACCCCCCCAUGCAUGGGCACGCGAUCCUCCACCCCCAUCCAUGCAUGAGUGUCUCCCAGCAGAGACCCCAAAAUCAGCCGGUGAGCGGCACGCACAUAUGCACAGUGGGACUGACCUGGGCAACGGCUCAUGUGGCCACAGAGAUGGCUCCACGUGCCACCUGUGGCACGCGUGUGAUAGGUUCGCCAUUACAAGCCUAGUAAUGGUUCCUGCAUAUCAGGAAUGCAUACCCUGCCUUAAGUCAACUUGCUUACUCUCUUUUUCUCAUUUCAUUUCUAAACCACAAACUCCCAGAAAAUUAGGGAAUUACACAGGAAUCUCUUUCUAAUAUGUUAACCAGACCUCAAAAUAAUCUUAUGCCUCUUUGGAAUGAUAUUAAAAAUACUUAUUAAGAUAGGACAAAUUGCAACUAUCAUUAUAGGAUAGAAUCUCUGUAAUUAAGAUGAAUGUUUUACCAAAGAUGCUUUUUUUGUUUCAUGACUUUAUCAAUGCCUGUAACUGAUACUUCAGGUAAACAAUGGCAGAUAGAUAUUUCUAAGUUUAUAUGGCAAGGGAAAUAACCAAGAAUUAGAUACAGACUAUUGCAAGACGCUUAAGGAAGGAGGAGGUUUGGGCUUACCAGAUUUGAAAUGGUAUUUGAUGCUUGUUGUUUGAUCUGACUAAAAGAGCGGAUGACUCUCCAAAAUAAAAGGUUACUCAAGCUAGAGGAAUUUAAUUUUGGAUGGCACAGCCAUUUAUGGUAUGAUAAAGUUAAAAUAAAUGUUAAUUUUAACAAUCACAUUGUUAGACAUGCAACCCUAAG